AUGGACGACGCCGACCCGGUCAUCGCCGAGUACGACGUCUUCAUCACCCCCGAGAUGGAGCAGCAGCUCUACGUGCUGCAGUACCUCAACCGCCGCCCCAACCAGCCCUUCGUCAAGAGCGAGGGCGCCGUGCCCUCCGAGGUGCGCGUCAAGGAGCAGUCGGGCUUCAUCGAGGUCGACGUGGCCCUGCCCAUGAAGACAAACUUCAACAGGCAAGCCGGCGUGCGCUGGGGAGAGGCCAUGCGCAAGACGAAGCAGUUCGGCCAGAAGGCAUACGGCAUUGCCUCCGGCUUCGAGCGCGCCAUGCCUCGCGCCGCCAGACCAGGUGCCGCCGCCGAGGGAGGCGUGCAGCCCGCGCUGGACGACAACGCCAACGAGGACGAGUACGUGGCCAACUUCGAGGAUGCGAACGAGAAGGGCCAUGUGCUCAACACCCAGACUUAUGGCGGACAGCUGGUCAAGGAGGACGGCAAGGGCCCCACGUACAUGCUGGGAACCUUCAAGAAGAACCAGCUCCAUCUCACCCGCCUCAACGGCCUCGUACAGCUGCGGACACAGUUCCACCAUCUCGACGCUGUAAGCCAGCUUGAGGCCGCCCAACGCCGACGGGAGAAGGAGUCGCAGGACGGCGCAAAGCCCACCGAGCCCAAGGCCUUCAUGCCCACAGUCAAGAAAGCUGGCGGCGACACGGCGGCCGAGAUCACACAGGCUUUCAUGAAAUCCGCCAAUGCUGAGAAGUGGAACAAACUGAUCUAUCACUACGAAGACGCCGAUGCUUCCUACGCAGCUUUUGAGGAGCGUUUGUUCCUGGCAGAUACUAAGGAUGCUCCGAAACUGCACUCCAGCAUGUCUGACGACCAGUAUCUCGAAGCCAUUAGCGCACCCUCGGGCGGCAAGGGUGCCAAAAAGAAGUCCCACAAGCGGCACGACAUAGUCGAUAUCUCGGACGAGUCAGACGACGAUGUCGAGACGAAACGGGCCAAGGCGGAAGCUCCAGCGGAUACUGAAGUCCCUGAACAUGCUGCUCCCUGA